AUUCUUUCAUUCUGGUUGCCUGUCAAGUCAGGGGUCUGGCUUAUAUUUUCAACAAUUACUGGAAAAAGUCAAAAAAUUGAAAUUUUUCAUACAAAUUAAAGUGAUAUUGUUAAAAAACCAAAAUGCCGAAGAAUAAAGGAAAAGGAGGUAAGAACCGCAGAAGAGGGAAGAAUGAAAAUGAAACAGAGAAACGUGAGUUGGUUUUCAAAGAAGAUGGACAGGAGUAUGCACAAGUUACAAAAAUGCUAGGUAAUGGAAGGCUAGAAGCUAUGUGCUUUGAUGGUGUUAAGAGGUUAUGUCACAUUAGAGGGAAACUUAGGAAGAAGGUUUGGAUAAAUCAAGGUGAUAUAAUCCUCAUAGGUUUAAGGGAUUAUCAAGACGCCAAAGCGGAUGUUAUUCUAAAAUAUACACCAGACGAGGCACGUAACUUGAAAACAUAUGGAGAAUUUCCAGAAUCUGUUAGGAUUAAUGAAACCGUCACAUUUGUUGAAGAAGGUUUUGAUGAAGAUAUUGAAUUUGGUGACGAUAUCAGUUCGGCAGAUGAAGCUGACCCUGUUGAUGGUAUAUGAUGAUAUAGCCAAUCACUGGUAGAUCAGGCUUAUAUAUAUACAGCUAUCGAAUUAUCUUUUUCCAAAGUAUAACAGUAAAUCGAAAUUAAGUGGAACAAAUGGACAUUUAACCUGAUCUACUUUAAAAAAUAGUAUACAAAAAUUAUUCUCCCUCUAACAAUUUUUUUUUUCAUUAAAUUUAACAAAAUCCGAUUAUAACUAAAUUGUGUCGAACUGUUAUUUAUAGAUGUUAUUUCUGUGGAAGGUUAUCCUUCUAGGAUUAGACUUGUUAUAUAUGUGUAAUAUUUUCUACAAUUCGGUUUUUCUUUUUUUUAAUGACACCCAAAAAAAAUUGUAAAAGCAUAAUUAAAAGAACAAAAUUUA